CGCGAAGUCGAUGCCCCUCCACAACCCGCCACAGCUCCUCCGAGGCACCCUCCAGGUCCUCUGCGAGCGGCCGUCGUUGCUGCCCGCCGCGCCCGGCGUCCUCGCCGGCGACGAGCCGCCGCCGUCGCUCUCGGGCUGCCUCGUGCGCUUCAUGGCGCCGUUUCGCCGGCCCGGCCGACCGCUCUACAGCGCCGCCGCCGUCGUGAGCCUUGAUGCGAGCGCGAGGACCGUCUGCAUCCGGCUGCUGCACGAGCCCACGAGGGUCGACCUCCAAUCCGACCCGGUCACCGAGGUGGAUAUCGCGAGCGUUUCCAACCUGCCGCUGACGGCCGAGGAGAGGCUCUGCGCCUCUGCCGAGGCUGAGGCACUCGGAAACGGCGCGCCUCGGAUCGCUGCGUACCUCUCAUCGCUGGAGGCGUCGGACGCGUACCGCGAGACGACGCGCGUGCUGCAGAGCCACCCUCGGUGCACGCGGCUCGAGCAGUUCUGGUACGAGCAGCUCGCCGGGCAACCCGAGCACGAGCUGACCGACUCGAGCCCGCCCGCGCACGUCUCGUUCGGCUACCCCUCGCUGCAUGGCCGGAUAGGAGAGCAGCUCGGUGGGGCGAACCUCGAGACGAGCGUCCGCCUGCUCAAGGCGGAGCUGGCGAACGAGCCGGCGGCGCGCGCCGCCGGGCUCAAGGGGCUCUUCCGGCACUGGCCGGAGCCGUACCGAACGCGGGCGCAGGCCACGGUCUCCUUCCUCCUCUUCGACGACCGCGAGCUGCACUGCUACCGCGAGUAUGUGAAUCGCCUUGAUGCGGCGGGCGUGACGCCAGAGAAUGUUGCCAGGGACAACGCGGGCGAGUACAGCCUGCAGGGAGUGGUGAUCCGCCUGCUCGGCCCGUUCAUGCACGAGUGGACCAAGCAGGGCAAGCUGCUCGUGCCGUCGAGGGAGAACCUCCGCUGCGUGUCGUGCCUCGACUCGAUGGAGCACGGCUUCGAGUCGAUGCUGCAGUGCGUCUGGCUCCAGCCCUGCAGGCAUUUCCUCUGCGUGCCGUGCGCUCGACGACUGAAGGGCGACGGGCAGACCAAGUGUCCAAUCUGCAACAGGACCGUUCUCAUGUGGGCGGUCCAAAAGCGGUGAGGUGUUUGUGGCACGUGUGUCUCGUGUGGCGCGAUCGAGCGCGACUGUAAACAUUCGUGUAGUGAUGUAUAGACCGACACAUAAUUGGC